CUUGUUUGAAACUUAAAUCGGUGGUUACAGAAAGAAGAAUUGCAGAAAGAACGAUCGAUCUCAAGCACAGCAAUCAUGGCUUAUGCUUUCCCAGACGAAAUAAUAAUUCAGUACAAAGAGUCCUUCACUUUGAUCGACAGAGACUGUGAUGGAUUAAUAACGACAGUGGAUCUUUCAGAAAUGUUCAAUUCCUUCAACGAGCAUCCGACGAUGGAACAGAUUCAGGAUAUGAUCAAUGCAGCCGAUGCCGAUGGAGAUGGAGCCAUUAGUUUGGAAGAUUUCUUAAUCCUUAUGUCCAAGAAAACCAUGGCCAAUGACAUAGAAAAUGAAAUACGUGAGGCCUUCAAAGUAUUUGACCGAGAUCAAGAUGGAUUCUUAUCGGCAGAUGAUGUGAAGGAAGUUAUGAUGAAAUAUGGAGAAAGAUUAACGGAUGAAGAAGCAGAACAAAUUAUUAGAGAAUCUGAUCAUGAUGGGGAUGGCUUACUUAACUUUGAUGAGUUUGUUAGGGUCAUGAUGAUGGCGCCAUAAUUUUAAUUUCUAAUCUGUUUGUAAAUAAAAAAAAAAAAGAUUUUGAAUUAAGGGAUUGAGAAGGCAACAGAACGUCAUUUCAUUUGAUCUUGUUAUUGAGAUAAGUUGGGGGUAAUCGAUUUCAACAAGAGGCUGCCAUAGUGACGAACUGACGACGAUGAAUUAGGGUUGAUUGUCAAUGAGUAUUUGGUGAUGGAGGAAUGUGUUCUUAUAAUCUAAUGCACGGGCGAGCAAAUUGGCUAAGUUUCAAACAACAGAUCGUGUUCUGAACUGAUUCUGUAAGCUAAGUUUCCUUUACUCAAUUAUUAUGCUUAUUUAUGAUGUAUGCUUCUUUGAAAUGUAAGUUUUGAAAUCUCUUUUAAUUUUGUUUACGAUUUAUAAUUUCCUUCCAUUUGUGAAGUCCUUCGGUUUCACUAAUGAGAUGAAAUUGAAUAGUCACACUGAAUAUAGUCAUUGUUCCUUGUAAGCUUUUCCAUAAUGAGCUAAAUAAGAAAUCAUCGUUGCGAAAUGGGAGAACAAAUAUGAACAUUAAGUAAAUCCACUAAAUUUUCAGAUUUGCUAGCAGAAUUAGCUUGGUGAACUCUAUUAUCUAGAUUUGCUUCGUUUAAUGUAACACACCUUAAACGAAGAACUUUGUGGUGACUGCUUCCAUUAGUGUCAUGUACUCUGCUUUAGUGUAGGCAUAUUCACUCACUCUUAGCUGAAGGGCCACAUUAAGUUGACAGAAUUACUAACAGUGAAUACAUAUUCAGUCAUCAAUCUCUUUGCAUUAGGUUUAGUGGCAAUAUGAAUCUGUAUAGAUACCUGAAUAUGCUGCAUGGCAAUCCAAUGCUCCUUCCCCAGCUGUGCCUUAAUCUGCUUAUGUUCAAAUAUAAUAACUGAACGGGGUUUAGGCUUAAGGAAUCUAUCUAAACAUAUUACUAGUGCUAGUUCUUUCUUCUGUGUUCUAGAGUACAAAUAUAGGAAGCUACUAGCUAUCCCCAUAUACAUUUCCUCCAAGUCAAACUCAGCUGCUUCCAAUUUUAUCCAGUGAUUGGCUGGAAUUCUGUUUUGUUCCCUUGUUGAUUAGAUGAAAGAAUGGAAGUUGACUGGUGGAGAAUUAGAUCUUAAUAGCAUAUUUGAUCGUAUUCCUUUAGGGAGUUUCAGGUAUCAAUACAAUCACAUCAUUACUACAAUCUUUGCUUGUACAGUGUAUCACUUCCCUUUUGAGUCUUUCUGAAAGUUUUGGACAGUCGGAUA